ACUCACUACGCUUGGCCUCCUCCUCACUGUCUGCACUUUGGGACAUUCAUACUGUGCUACAGCGCAAGAACUUCCAGACGCAUCUUGGCACCUUGACCGAGGUCAGAGCUAGUCGGUGACUCCAUCUCGACAUGUCCAGCUUCCGUGCACCUCCUCGGAAAGGAGAGAACUUCGAGCUUGCUGCGGAUCUCAACAGUGAAUACAAGGACAAGCGGAAGGAUGCUAUCAAACGAGUUAUCGCGAAUAUGACCGUUGGCAAGGACGUCAGCGGUCUCUUCCCGGAUGUCCUCAAGAACAUGCAAACGGACGACCUCGAGCAGAAGAAACUCGUCUAUCUCUACCUCAUGAACUACGCGAAAACACAACCGGAGCUCGUGAUCCUGGCCGUGAAUACGUUCGUCAAGGACACAGAUGAUCCGAACCCGCUCGUACGCGCUCUCGCGAUCCGCACGAUGGGGUGUCUGCGUGCGGAGAAGAUCAUCGACUACCUGUGCGACCCGCUUCAGAAGUGCCUGAAGGACGACAAUCCGUAUGUCCGCAAGACGGCCGCCCUCUGCGUCGCGAAGCUAUAUGACCUCAAGCCGGAGCUGGUCAUCGAGAACGGCUUCUUGGAGCAGCUCCGGGAAAUGAUUGCGGACAGUAACCCAAUGGUGGUCGCGAACACCGUGACAGCAUUGUCGGACAUCCACAUCGCGGCCGUAGCUGCAGGCGUCCCCAGAGACCAGUUUGCUAUCACGACCGAGAUCGUGAACAAACUCCUUGUCGCUCUGAACGAGUGCUCAGAGUGGGGUCGCGUUGCGAUCUUGACUGCACUGGCGCAAUACGAGGCCGAGGAUAGCGGAGAGAGUGAGCAUAUAUGCGAGCGCGUGGUGCCCCAGUUUCAGCAUGCGAACGCAAGCGUCGUCCUUUCUGCAAUCAAGGUUGUCAUGAUUCAAAUACGCGGUAUCAGUUCGGAGAACGUGUCAAAGACCCUCGCCCGCAAGAUGGCACCUCCGCUUGUCACCCUGCUCUCCAACCCACCAGAGGUUCAAUGGGUCGCUCUCCGAAACAUCAACCUUCUGCUCCAGAAGCGGUCUGAUAUCCUCUCGAACGAAAUGCGCGUUUUCUUCUGCAAGUACAACGACCCGCUGUAUGUCAAGGUUGAAAAGCUCGACAUCAUGGUCCGCAUUGCCACGGACAAGAACGUCGACCCGCUUCUCAGCGAACUGAAGGAGUAUGCCCAAGAAGUUGACGUCGACUUCGUUCGGAGGAGCAUCAAGGCAAUCGGCCAAACAGCGGUCAAGAUCGACGAAGCCGCCGAACGCUGCGUCAACGUCCUCCUGGAUCUCAUCAACUCGCGCGUGAGCUACGUCGUGCAAGAAGCGGUGGUGGUCAUGAAGGAUAUCUUCCGAAAAUACCCCUCGACGUACGAAGGCGUCAUACCAACGCUGUGCGCGAACCUCGACGAGCUCGACGAACCAGAAGCUAAGGCUUCGCUUAUCUGGAUCAUCGGCGAGUACGCGAAGAAGAUUGACAAUGCCGAUGAGCUGCUAGGCAUCUUUGUCGACACCUUCACAGAAGAGUCGUAUCCAGUGCAACUACAGACUUUGACGGCGGUGGUCAAGCUAUAUCUGCAGAAGCCAGACAGUUCGCAAGCCUUGGUGCAGAAGGUGCUGAACACCGCGACGAAGGACUGCGAUUCACCAGACGUACGAGACCGCGCAUACAUCUACUGGCGGUUAUUGUCCACAGAUCCGGGCGCCGCGAAGGCUGUGGUGCUUGCAAUCCGACCUCCCAUCACGAUCCCGCGGACAACGGUGUCAGCAGCAUUGCUUGACGAGCUGCUGGGCGAGAUCCCAUUGCUGGCCAGUGUAUAUCACAAGCCGGCAGAGACAUUCGUUGGGCGUGGACGUAUCGGUGCGGAUUCCGUACAGAAAAAGGAUCCUGCAGACGACCGUGCCGCAGCACAGAAAGCAUUACAAACGGUGGCAGCUGGUCAGCAAGCCGAGAACCUGCUCGACUUCUCCGAGGACCCGACGAGCGAUGGCCAGCCUUCAGGCCUCGCUGCGACGACCGUCCUCGCCUCCACACCCGCCGCGGCGAAUCUGCUCUCAGGGACAUCAAGCAACCCGCUGGACGACCUCGUCUCCAUCUUCGGCAGCGCAAGUCUCAGCGCGACCCCCGCCGCGCCUGCGAACGGCAACCCGCUGGGCGGCUUCGGCUUCGGGGCGUCACCCAUGUCCGCCUCACCCGCAACGCCUUCAAUGCUCCAGCCCGCCACACCCCAACAGCCACAGCAGCCGCAGGACGAUUUGUUGGGCUUGUUCUAGGCGCCGGCCUUGUGGAGGCUGGUGUUCGAGUGUGUAUCCGGUACUAUCGAGGAGGAUGUGUACGUUCCGUGUUAUCUAUACCGUAAUGAGGACGCUUUCCCUGGA